AUGCGGUCUGGGGGCUUCGGUCAAGGGAGAGGUAGUGGUCGUACUGCUCCAACAAGCGGUGCGCCGCGAACGAGUAGUGCGAAUGUAGCGACUGCCGUUGUAACCAAGGCAGCACUUUCCGUGAGGUCCAGCGGCACUGAAGAUGUUCCGUCAAGGCGGUCAACUGUCGGCUGGUUUGCAUCGUUUCUCAUUGGCUCGCUGAUGGGAGGGAUCCUAACCGCAACCAUAGUUCCCGCCGUCUUACCUCCAUCCCCUUCCCCUGGCAAAACAACCACCGCUUUCUCCUCCCCAAUCGCUUUCAUACCCACCGCUGCCACAACUGCUGCUGCUGCUGAUGGCGUUUCCAUGCCCGUGUCAGCAUCUGCUGAUGCUGCCAACGUGGCAACAGCUGCUGCAGUGACGGCUGACGUGGCCGCUGACGUGGACGCUGCCAGCAAUGCCACGUGGAGAGGUGACGUGGCAGGCGUUCAGGCAGAGGCAGAGGAGCUGCUGGCGCGGAACACGGAGCUGCGCCGUGCGCUGGGGAAGCUGCGGCAGACGGUGAUGCUGGAAGCACGGACGCGCAUGGCCCAGCUGAAAACCAUUCUCAAGGAGAUCAAAUUGGUGCAGGAUCAGCGCGCCCUGACCUACUAUGUGGACGACAGGCACCUGCCAUCACCCCCGUCCGAGCUGAGGGAGAUUGCUGCUCUGACUGCGAGGCGGCGACCAGACGUGGACGCAAAAGACGAGGAGCUCGUGGCGCGAGCACAGGUGCGAGUGGUGUCUCUGAGGGAAGAGAUAGAGCGAGCCGUGCAUGCUGACUUGCGCCUCAGCUUCUCGCGCUGCGCUGCUGCACUGCAGCUCACGCAAGAGGCCCAGCAGGCGCACACACAAGCCAUGCAAGCAUACAUGGCAGCACAUGCCACACUCUCCCUCCGCCUCGUGGCGUUAACAGUGCUCAAGCAACCGGGGAGCGGAGAGAAGCUGCAGCGACUGAGAGAGCAACCCAACCUGCUGUCCUCUCCUGCUGCUAGGAACGCCUUCCUCUCGUCCCUCGAUGCACCCGCAGAAGCAUCACUGUGGUCAGACCUCCUCUUCUCCGCGUCCCACUUCCCCUCCGUAUUCCUCUCUACCGACCACCACCCCUCACUCGUCUCAACCAUGCAAAGCUUAGUUAACUCCCAAAACAACACAGUUCUGGCACUUAAACUGCGCACCGACCACGCUGCUGCUGCAGUGAAGGAAGCCAAGGGGAAGCUUCCUGAGCUCUGCCACGUCAGCGCCUCCUGGGUGAGCCCCGAGGGUGCUGACGUGUCUCCGUGCGCUCUGGCCGACUGGAUAUCGGAAGAAGAGCGAGGAGGAAAGAACGGGACGAGCAAGGACAGCAGAGGGGCAGAAGGAGGAGUAGGUAUGGCGAAAGGCAAUGAACGAAAGGGAGAGGGUGUUGAUGGUGGGGGCAAAGGCAAAGAGUUGGAUCCUGUAAUAGAAUCAGACUCAAGAGAAUCAGACUCAGGAGAAUUAGACUCAAGAGAAUCAGACUCAGGAGAAUCAGACUCAAGAGAAUCAGACUCCCUAUCAGGGCCCUUAGCCCCCUCUGCUCUGUGGCGACAACCCCUAUGGGACCUCUCAUUCCCCACCCAACCCUCGGCCUUCCCCACUUUUCCUCGCUCCUACGCCUUCAAUGCUCCUGCCUCGUCCCCAUUCUCCUCCUCUCCUUCCUCCUCAUUCUCCUCCUUACUCUCGUCGGCGUCUCAAUCGCCAACUACGGAUAGAGCAUCUGUAGCAGGGCAAUCCGCCGUUGCUGCUACAAGCGCUGCUACAGGUGCUGCUACAGGUGAUGCUCACACCCACUCUCAUUCAGCCGAAGGUCCAGGCUCAUCCACUGAAUCUGCCACGUCAGCAGCCGCCACGUCAGCAGCUGCAGUGAACAUCUCCUUCCUGAUCUACACAUCGCCGCCCACCACAGCCGCGCUGGACCUCGUCUCCAAGCUGUACGAGUGCACGCACGGGCGGCUCAGGGCGGGCAGCAUAGGCGGGCGGCUGGGGGGACUCACAUCUGAAGCCCUUGUGUUACUAGAUGGCCCCUCCAUUCCCCUGCACCAGGCCUCUGCCAUGGUCCGCCAUGGGAAAUCGGCGGGGGGUGGGAGCGGCAGUGGGGAUAACAGCAGCAACAGCGGUGAUGGUGGCAGUGGUAGCAGUGGCAGCAGCAAUAGCAGUGGCAGUGGAAGCAGCAGCAGCGAAGGCAUACCAGGCACGGUGCCAGGGUUUGAGAAGUACUACAACCCUGCGGAUUGGAUCCGAGCCACCCGCCGAACCUCCCCAGGCUCGUUCCUCACGCACAUCCUCGCCCCAUCCCGUAUGGGCUCCGCUCGAGCCUACAACCUCCUCUCCCUCCUCGCCCGCGGCUCCGUCCUCAUUCUCCUCGCCGGCGGCGAUCUGCCGCCCGACUCCUCAUUCUCCUGCGACUGGGCAGCGAAUCUCGUCGCGCCUUUCUCGGCCUGGCCCCGGCUGGGGAUUGCAGGGCAUUCCAUGGGGAAGAUGGGGCUGAGGAACGAUCCAGGAAGCCUGCAGCUGGGGGAGGUGCGGAAUGCGGGGGAUCAGUUUUGGAACAGGUUGAGAGAUCCGGUGACAGGAGUGAGGAUGAGUUUUGUGCUUGGGACGGUGACAGGGCCGAUGGCGGCGAGACGAGACGUGUUCGUGAAGGUUGGGGGGUUCAGUGCGAUUGAUGGAGGUAUAGAUGCGCUAUCGGAUUGGGACCUCUGCCAACAAGUGUGGCUCUCAGGCCAUCAGGUUGCGUUGGUGUAUCAAGAGCCCGAGCUUCGCUUUAGAUCAACGGAUGAAUUGACCAGAAGCCGUGAAAUGGCACGCUCAACCGAGUUAUGGUCUCCUGACCAUUCCGUGAUCCAUCCAAACCUCACAGACAGAAUUAUUUCUGAACCUAAGUUCCCGGCUCGGAUAGGCGGCCUAUCGUGGAAUGACGACGGCGAUGACUCAGACUCGGAUUCGCCCGAGUCGGAGGCGGGAUCCAUGGGAAGCGGCGUGGGCCUCUUAGGAGGCUCGGGCGAAAUUCCCCGCUCUGAAAGCUCCGCCUGGAAAGCCAGCCGCGGGGGAAGCGCAGGCGGAGGAGGGGAGAGAAGCGGGAGUUUAUUUGGUGGUGCUGGUGACAUAGCCGGUAUCGGGUUUAGCGGCGGACUCAGCGGUGUGAUCAGUGGUGGAAUUAGCGGCGCUAGCAGCGGCAGCGGCGCCAGCGGCGGAGGAGGGGGGGAAAGGAAGGUGAAGUUCGAUAUGCCAGACGCCCCGCCAUCGAUCACACCCGCGGCUACAGUCCCUCCUCCAUCCAAGCCUCGCCACUCCCGCGCACUGUCGUCCGAAGCUCCUGACCUGCUCGCGCCCAAACCUAACGCCCGCCGUGCAAGGACGACUGCCUCAGCGAUUUUCACUCGGCCAAAUCAACCAAGCGCUUCAGGCUCCGAUAGUAUCCCCCAAGACCCAUUCCGCCGGCAGCGCCACGAGUCCAUCGGGGGAGGCCUCCCUGGCGCGGGGGGGACGCGCCAGAUGCUCACUCCGGGCAGCGCCGCGGCAGCAGCCGCGCGGCAGCGGCGCAUGUCCGUCCAAUUCGCGUCAGGCUUCUCAAAACCCACGGGAUUGCAGCUGCCAGGGACGGUGGGGCAAGGGGGACCCAUGACCCCCACCGCCGCUGGCAACCCCACUACAGCAACCAAGAAAGUGCAGAAAUCUAUGAUGAUGUGUAUGGAUCCGACGUGUAACGCGUGCCCGCCGGAAAUGCAUGCAUUGAGGAACAAGAAACUCAUGGCACAGGUUAUAGACGAGUUUCCAGAGCCCCUGGCGAGGCCCACGAGGCGAGGGGGGAGAGGAGGCGGAAGGGGAGGAGGAGGGGAUGAUGAUGAUGAUAGUGAUUAUGAUUUUGAUGAUGACGAUGAUGAUGACGAUGAUGAUUAUGAGUAUGAUUAUGAUGCGGAGCAGGGGCAGCGGACGAUUGUGCGGUUCUGUGGAAUUACCUGCUUCACUUACACGUCCAAGCCGAAGCGCAAGAAGCGCAAGUCACGGUGGACCAAGGCAUGGGAGGACGUGCGGGACUUGUUCCAGCCCAUCAGCAUGCUGUGGCAGCCGUGGGGCAUCCUGAACCCGCACUCCAAGUUCAUGGCGCGGUGGAACAAGGUGUUCAUGGUGGCGUGCAUUCUGGGAUUCACUAUAGAUCCCUGGUUCCUCUUCACGCUGCAGGCUCUCAGCCAAGUGGCACCAGAACCGGCCAUGCUGUGUCUGACACUCGACUGGACGGCAGCCAUUGCCUUCACUGUGCUGCGCUCCUUUGUGGACCUCUGCUACGUGAUCCAGAUCGUUGUUCAGUUCCGCAUGGCCUACAUAGUGCCGCCCCCCACCAAUCGCAAGAACCGCUUCUUUCGCCGCUGGUGGGCCGACCGCUCCCUGCAGAGCCCAGGGGACCUCGAGUUUGACGCGCGCGUCAUUGCCAGCCGCUACCUGCGCUCCUGGUUCCUCAUUGACGUGCUGGCUGCUCUCCCUAUCCCUCAGAUAGUGAUGCUGGUGAUUGUGCCGAUGAUGGGUCGAUCAGUCCCCUCCAACACCGGUGUCGCCAUGACAGUGCUCUGCCUCGCUGCUCUCUUCGCUCAGAACGUCCCCCGGGCCAUCCGCUUCUUCCCCAUCCUCUCCGGCAACGCGCCGCACGUCACCGGGCUCGUGUUUGAGACAGCGUGGGCGAAUUUCCUCCUCAACUUUGUCUUCUACCUCAUGGCGUCUAACGUGGUCGGCAGCAUGUGGUACUUUCUCGCUGCCUCGCGCUUCACCACGUGCCUAGCGGGCCAGUGUGCCUCCCAAGGCGACGCCUGUCAGCCCGAGUACAUGUACUGCGUCGACGAAAGCGCCAUCGCCUACCAGAACGCAGCAGCAGAGGCAGCGUGGGCCACAGGCCCGGCCAGUGCGUGCCUGGUGCUGGACAAUCCGAGCAGCGACGCCCCGCCCACUCCUAUUGAUUAUGGCAUCUUCACCAACGCGGUUCCUCUGGUGGUGGAAGGGACGUUUCUCUCCAAAUACAUCUACUCCUUCUUCUGGGGCUUCCAGCAAGUGAGCACGCUAGCAGGCAACCUGCAGCCGUCUAGGUGGGAUCCCGAGGUGCUCUUUGUCAUCCUCGUUAUAGGGCUGGGGCUCGUGCUGCUCGCACUGCUUAUUGGCAACAUCUCCAACUUCUUACAAGCCCUCAGUAGAAGGUCCUUUGAGUACCAGUUGCAGCGACAUGACAUUGACUCGUGGAUGGAGAGACGCAACUUGCCCCUCAGCCUCCAAAAGCGAGUGCAGAAGCAGCAGCGGCUGCACUGGGUGGCGACGAGGGGAGUGGAGGAGGCGGAGGUGUUGGAUAAGCUUUCGGACGACAUUCAGACAGACGUGCGCCGCAGCCUCUGCCUUGAGCUGCUGCAAUGCUCGGCGCUCUUUUUCGCCAUGGAGCCGCAAGUCCUAGACGCCUUCUGUGAGAAGCUGAGGCAGCAGCUGUACAUAGAGGGCACGGUCAUUCUCAAGGAGGGGUACCCCGUGUCGCGCCUCUUCUUUGUGCUGCGCGGCCAGCUCGAGAGCUACACCACCAUCGGCGGGCGAGCGGGGUUCGUUGACAGCGUGCUGCUGGGGAAGGGGGACUUCCUGGGGGAGGAGCUUCUGGUGGAAUACCUUGAGAAGCUGUCCGAUCGGGAUAAGAGCCGGCGCACGCGCACGGGACCUGGCAUUCGCUACCUGGGACGAUCUGUCACCAUGGGUUCAAGUGCAUCGGCAUCAGCAGCAGCUCUGGGCACGCUAGCGAUCGAUGUGCUGCCAACAGCGCAGCGCACGGUGCGGUGCAUCGGACCCGUGGAGGGGUACGAGCUGGAAGCCACCGACGUCGCUGUCGUUUGCCGGCAGUUCGCCCGCAUGCUCUCCACCAGCAAGAUUCAGGCGGCUCUCAACGAGUGCUGUCACAACCGGCGCACGCACGCCGCUAGAACGAUCCAGCUCGCAUGGAGGCGACACCUCAGGAAGAAAUACGGCCUCACCAUCCAGCAGGUUAUGAGUGCCGUGAACCAGAACCGCAUGCAGCUGGUGGUGCGCAAGGCACUGGAGCUGCAGGUGGGGGGUGGCAGCGCACGCAGAGACAGCGAAUCAGGGGACUCAAGAAACAACAGCAGGCGGAUGUGA